CACCUCUCUCUCUCUCUCUCUCUCUCUCUCUCUCACAGACACACUCACUUCCUAGUUUGUGCGGGGAGGCAGCUGUGCUCUGGGAGCAGCGCUGACCGGGGAGCCAGCACCUUCGGCGCAGCCCGCGGGCCACAUACACACACAUACCGGACAGACAGGAGGUGGGGGGACGCCGCACCGAGAUGCCGUAGCCAUGGACUGCAGACUGAAAGAGAGCCCAGAAAGGACUUUCGAUCUUGUCUUCAAGGUGACCUGCCCGACUUCCGAAAAUGAAGAUCCAGUGGUUACUUGGAAGUUCCCAGAGGACUUCAGAGACCAGGAAGUGCUGCAGACUGUGCCAAAGUUUUGCUUCCCCUUUGAUGUUGAAAGGGUUUCACGAAGUCAGGUGGGACAGCACUUCACUUUUGUGCUAACAGACAUUGAAAGCAGACAGAGGUUUGGUUUCUGUCGCUUGACAUCAGGAUGUAAAGUCUGCAUCUGUAUCCUCAGUUAUUUGCCUUGGUUUGAAGUUUACUACAAGCUGCUGAACACGUUGGCAGAUCUUCUGGUUAAAGAACAGGAAAAUGACUUGAAUGAUAUUUUGCAAACAUUAUACAAGCAUGAUGUACCAUUGCCAAAUACUCCUGUCAAUCUCAGCCUGAAUGAACAGGUAUGCAUUAGAAGUGGACAACUGAAAAAUAUGCCAAAGCAGGCUUUGCAUUCAUACUUCAUCACCCCUGAUACAAGUGGACUGCCUACAAUACCUGAAAGUAGAAAUAUGACAGAGUAUUUUGUUGCUGUGAGUGUCAACAAUAUGUUGCAACUUUAUGCCAGUAUGCUGCAUGAACGACGCAUUAUCAUUACCUCCAGUAAACUUAGCACUUUAACGGCUUGUGUUCAUGCAUCAGCUGCCAUGAUCUAUCCAAUGUAUUGGCAGCAUAUUUACAUCCCAGUGCUCCCUCCCCACCUGCUGGACUAUUGCUGUGCCCCAAUGCCCUAUCUGAUUGGCGUUCACUUGAGCUUAAUGGAAAAGGUGAAGAGUAAAGCUUUAGAAGAUGUGAUUAUAUUAAAUGUAGAUACAAAUACACUGGAAACACCAUUUGAUGACCUUCACAAUCUACCGAGUGAAGUGGUCUCAUCCUUGAAAUACAAACUGAAGAAGCAGUCUACAGCCACUGGUGAUGGGGUGGCCAGGGCCUUUCUUAAGGCACAGGCAGCAUUAUUUGGCUCCUAUCGGGAUGCACUACGAUAUAAACCUGGAGAGCCAAUUACAUUUUGUGAAGAGAGUUAUGUGGCCCAUCGAUCCAGCACUAUCAAACACUUCCUUCAAAAUGCUGUGCAACUUCAGCUCUUCAAGCAGUUUAUAGAUGGCAGGUUGGAAAAGUUAAAUGCAGGGAAAGGAUUUUCUGAUGUUUUUGAAGAUGAGAUCACUGCUGGAGGCUAUAGUGGAGGAAGUUCAAAAUCUUAUCAGCAAUGGAUGUGCACAGUCAAGAAAGGUGGAGCUCUAAUAAAUACAGUAAUGACAAAAGCAAAUCCUGCCAUGAAAACCGCAUACAAAUAUGCUAAGAAUCAGGCUAAGAUGGGGAUCAAAGAAGUGAAGAGCAUGUUAAAACAGAAGGAAGCAAAUGAAGAUGAUGACUUGGAUUGUAGCAAGACUCCAUCUCCAAGCCUACAAAGGCGAUCGAACUCUGAUAUUUUGAAGAACAGGCUUCCAGCCACUAAACGUAAACGGAUUCGCCCUCAACGAUUAUCACACACUGGAGGUGUUUCCACACUGGAUGAUGAUGAGGUAGACACAGCAAGCAAGUUGUCGUCUGAAGACAGUGGAGAGAUAUGUGCCUAUAUUGAUGACAGUGAUGAAUCUGAACAGAUGGAAUUGGAAUCAGAAUCUCCAGGCCAGAUGGACCUGUUGGGAGAAAUCCUCGACACCCUCAGUACCCACAGUUCAGACCAAGGGAAGCUGUGUGCGGCAAAGAGCCUGGACUUUUUCAAAUCAAUGGAUGAUGUCAGUUAUAAAACUAGGAAUAAAUCCAAUACUCCAAGUGAGGGGAACCUGGCUGAACUCAGUGUGCAGUGCAAUGAUCAUCUGAGUUGGCACCUGGGACAAGAUGAUACUAUGGUCCACAGAAAGCCCCUUCCCCCAUCUCCAAGGAAAUCAUUUUAUGACUAUUCUGAACAUCCAGUCACCUUUGAACCAAUGCCUUGUGAAAGCUCCGUUGAGUUUGUUGAAGAGUUGACAGAUUUCCCGAAACUCAAUAGUGACUCAUCAUUUAAAAAUUCACUGGGAACUCAUGCCUCUUGCAAAGAAGUGAGCCAGGAGGUAAAAAAUUCAGCCAGACAGAAACCAAAACGAACACUAACCAGUGAAGAAAAAGAGCAGUGUCAAAAUACACCAAAAAACCCAUCUGUUUUAAUCCCUUGGGAAAAAGAUGAUGUUGAGGCUGAACCCACAAGUGAAAUAGACCUGCUUGAGGAGAUUGACUGUUUAUGUUCCAGAAUUAAAACUGGUCACACCAUUUCCAGUGUUGAUGCUUCCACUACCAAUACCUAGUGUGAACGUGCAGCAGUGUUUUAAGCUGGGGUAGAUUUGGGUAACUAUUUAAGAAACUGAAAGUGUGUGUUAGACUGCAGGGAGGGAAAAAAAUCUUAAGACUUUCUAAAGUGCAGAAUAAGUAAAAGAAAAGCACUGCUUCACUGAAUUAUGCAAAAUGAAAUACAGAUUUUCUUAUAGUUUUAACUUUUAACCCACACUUCUAAAAUGACCAUUAAGAUCACUUCUGAUUUAUAGAUUUGGGCUAAACAGUUGACUACCGAUUGUUGCUUUGAUGGAAGUGGUAUAUCGGUACUGGACAUUGGAGGAGCAGGUUUUUCACACAGAGGGCGGUGGGUAUAUGGAAUGAGCUGCAAGACGAGGUGCUGGUAAAGGCAGGUACAAUUACAGCAUUUAAAAGACAUUUGGACAGGCACAUGGAUAAGAAAGGUUUAGAGGGAUAUGGUGAACUUUAAAUGUUUGCAAAGGUUAUUAUAAAACAUACAUAUAAAAUCUUGUACCAUGGAGAGCGGAAGAGAGUCAGCAGUUGGUUCACCAAAGCUCAGAAGCAAAAUGAGGGGGGAAUAGUGGUCACCGUUCUCUGCAAUUAGUUACACCUAAACUCUCCUCAGCCCAUUCUGUUCCAUUGUAAUAUUUCUAAGCUGGAUACGCUGAAUUAUUUAAACAGUCCAUUUGUAUUUUGUCUGUGUUCUUCCAUUAUCUAUGCUCUACCUACAUUAAUGAAUGAAAUAUGCAGUAAAUUAAAGCCAAAUGAUCAAAGGUCCUGCCUUAAAAGUUACAGAAAUCCUAGAUCUUCCUGUAGCAUCUUUCUCAAACCAUAUGGUACUUAAAUGGCAUAACCUGAAAAUGCUUGAAAACAACCCAUUAAGCAAUAAUUACUUGGGAUUAUAAUGCAACUGUGUUAGUUAAGGGAGAAAAUUUUAAAAAAAACUCCUGUGGAGAUAAUGCUGCAUUUUAUAACAUAAGAAUUCGGUUUGGUUUUUACCAAUGAGUUUUCAAUCCAUGGCUUUCUGAAAUAAGUUGAAUUGUUUCUCCUCCACCCCAGCAUCUUUAAUGUUCGCUUAUUUGAAUCUCUGAGUGAUACUUUCACAAGAAAACAAAUUUUCAGGACAUUCAAUUGGCUAUCUUGAGACCUCAUUUAAGAGUUCUGGCCUGUGGUGAAAAUACAGGCAUUAACACUUUGAUAAGGAUUUGAGUGUUACCAUUUUUUAAAAAAUAAUCUUGGUGUAAAGUAUUUCUUUUUUGUAUUGAACAAUUGUGCACAAAUGCUUUAGGUGUUAAUAGUGAAAUAUUGUUGUGUCUUUAGAAUGUGUUGUGAUAGAGCUGGUCUAUGUAAGUGACAACCAACACUGGUAUCUAAGGGAAAAGAAGAACCUGUUAACACCCUUGUUUCACAAUGGUACUUCUAGUGGUACAAACAGGGAAAAUAAAUAUUAGGAUAGAUGACAGCAUAUUAAAUCUGAUGAUUCUAGUAACUUGUGCUACACUAAUGUUUAAUACUUUUAAAUCUGUAGAUAACAUUUGGUUACUUUAUAACCAUUAAUAAGAUAUUGCCUUGCACUCUUUGUCACUAGGGUCAAGUGGUAAACUUUGGCCCUCUGUUGUUCUGUUCUAACUUUCUUGUAAUUGGAUGUUGUUAAAGGAUUCCAAUUGUUAAUUUGUCAGAGGUACAUAAAUAAUUUUUUUGAAAUGCCUGGUACAUCACUGCGGCAAAGGCUGGAAUAGGUGCCUUAACGGAAACAUAUGAAUGAUGGUACUGAAUUUUAUUUUGGGAACUGGAACAAUUUGAGCAGAAAGUGAGAAUGUAAUGUGUAUAAAAAGAUAUCAUGUGCACUGACCUAUUGAGGUGUAAUGUUGCUGCCACGUUACAUAGGCUGUGUAUCAAAACAUAAAGUCAGUAGGAUAAUCCUAUUUGAUAUACCUCAGACUCCCAAGAACUCAAAUCAAUCUGAGUUUUUGUUUUAAAUGCUCUCUUAAUCAAACAUGCUAUUGUCUUUAGUUUAUAUAUUGAAAAUAAUUUAAAUGCCGCCUAUUUCUGAGUCCGGAAGGCAUGAUAUCCUUUUUAUAAUAAUUUUGUGCAAUAUGAAUCCUAUUUACCAAUGGUUUGUAUUUCAGAUGUGGCUUUAAGUUAGAUUUUUGCACAAUGAUUUUUUAAUAAUAAAAUUUAACACAGAGAAGCAGCUAAAUUGCAUGCGGUUUGAGUUAACUUUAAAACUUGCUCCAUUGUCAACUACAGAGUCAAGGAAUAAGGUCAAGAGGUUAUUUGUGAAUAAUGAUCACUGUUAAAUUAUCUUUAAUUGCUAUUUUUCAUUUCCUACCCUAGUCUUCAGUAUCUUAUUAGACCAAUAAUCCAUCAUGUUCCAACAAGUGCUUCAAAAUUUAGAGUUGCAUAGCUUAUAUCACAUGCAUAAAUUGGAGUGCACUUUUUAAAUAUGCAAUAUUUUGUUAAACUGUCAUGUUUGUUGUGUUUGUCUGUUCAUCUUUAAAAGUAAGUGUCCACCACUGUUAUGGCUGUCCAAGUCCGAUUGUGUGCACAUGAUGUUCAUCAUGUAAAUUACUUGCAUGUGUAAUUUAUGCAAUUGUUUAUCUGAUUGCUCAUUUAAACAUCUAGCUAAAACAUAAUUGAUAAGGAAUCACUGAAAACUAACCAGUUCACUGUUAGCUAAAACUUUUAAGUUGUGUUCGUGUGUCAGUUAUUGUAAAUACCACCUGGCUUAUUGCUUAAGUUCCAUUCGACAGUAAUGCCAUUGAAUUGUAUAUCUCAGCUGAGUCUAGCUUUUUACAAAAAAAAAGUUGUGCAGGAGUCUAAUGGAAAAUCCAACCACUUGGCUCAUAAAACUUUGAACUAAUAAUCUGUACAACUACUGUUGGUGCCAAUUUCAUUGACAGUGUUCCUUUGUGGAGCUCAUUUGUACAGACCACCCAUUUUUAUCCAGAUUAACAUGGUGAAAGCUGUUUGCCACAGAUUUUAUGAGUGCAAUAACUUCUCUGUGAUUCAAAGAACUGCAAGAAAAUUGCAUUUAUAGCUGUGUGGUCUCCAGCCAUGUUUAAAUUGGUCUUGAUGUUCCAACUGCCUGACCUUUUUGUACACUGAGGCAAAAUAUAAUAAUUACCUUCAAAUAAACAUUUUGGGACAUUUAUAUGUAUUCAAUUCCAAUUCAGACCAUGUCUAAAACUGAAAACCAAUAACAUUUCAUCAGAGCCAGUAUGUACAGUAACACUGAUGUGGAAACUUGAUGUCUUUGGUUGAUCUGUUCUUUUGAUGGUUGUCCAAGCUGCUGUAUAAUGUUAAGGAGAAUAAUGCAAAAUUGGCUGAAUAAAGUUAUUCUUGAGACAUUGCAGAGCUGUGCUUUGCCUUUGCCGAACAAUAAAAUUUCGAUUUUACAUUGAAA